AUGCCACAGAUGGUGGGGAAUGGUGGUGUAAAAGUUAUUACCAAGAAGGCGUAUUCAAGAUUACUUGUAGAUAUCACUUGUAAACUGGGUAGUACUUCAUUCAGAGGUCUUCAAUCGUCAGAUCCUGUAAUGUCACCUUCUACUUCCUCUUCUUCAGUCUCUAUCCUUCGUUCAUCAUCAAAUUCCCCCUUUUCUGGCCUCGUUAUUUGUGUCACUGGACUAUCCAAAGAAGCAAGAAAACAAGUUAUGGAUGCAACAGAAAGAUUGGGUGGACAAUAUAGUCCUCAUUUCUCAGGUGGACGAAAGUUUGAGCAUGCAUUGAAACAUGGAGCCACAAAUGGUCUUUUUAUUGUUACACUUGGAUGGUUUGUUGAUAGUGUUAGAAGAAAUGUGAGAUUGAGUGAAGCACUUUAUAUUGUAAAGAAUCUUGGAGAAAAUCAUAUGCCCAAAGAUGAUUCGAAUAUUCUUGCUAGUGGGAAUUCAUGUCUUCCUAUUGCAAUGCUUGAAAAUGCAAAACAACCAAACAUGAUUGAGAAAUCAAGAUUAUUUUCAUCAGAAGAAGAGCUUAAAAGAAGAGGCUCAGUUUUUUCGGGUCAAUCAUUUUAUGUCGAUGGAGACGUUUCUGCACAACUCCAAAAUAAGGUUGCUGAGUCAGCAUUUGGACAAGGUGGCAUACUAGUGGAACAAUGGUUACCUGGUCACAAUGCAAGUCAUGUGGUGUGUGAAGAAUCUUCAGUUCAAAAGUAUCUUGGUCACUCCAAUUAUCUUGUUACACCACUAUGGGUUUUGAAGACUGUGAAGGAGACAAGGCCUCAGAGGCUUGUUCAUUUGUCUGCUGACCUGGCACGCCAGAUUGGCAUGAUGCUUGGUAAUCUUCAAUUUGGUGGUGAUCAAAAGGAAAGUAAUAGGCCCAAUCGCUCUCAAGAUCCAAAAACCCUUGGAAUAAAUUCAAACCAUGAAGAGAAUCAAAAUAUAGCAAAUCUUGCCAAAAAAGGGGUUAGAAAUCGUCGCAAUCGCCGCAUGCAAGCAUGUGAAGCACCAAUAAAACCAUUAACACCAACCACCCUUCUUGAUUCGAUUUGUUGGUCUAUCUCUGAACCUUCAUCAAGUGCUUCUAUUUAUACGGAUGAUGCCAAGUCACCUUCAUUUGAAGAUGGGAAAGAAUCCGAUGCUUCUUUUGUGAAUUUCUCACGACCACUUUCCGAAACUGAGAAGAACGAGUUGGUUUUCAAGAACCAUUUCCUUACUAUACUCUUUCCGGUUGACCGAUUCUCCGAAAUGGGCCCUUGUUCAAGAACCUUUUUUAGCGAUUCAGGGUUCACAUGUUUGCAGUUGUUAGAUCACAUCUAUGCAUUUUACCAGGAGAAGAUGUCAAGAUUGGAGAUCGAGUUAGCAAUCCAUACGGAUUCAAGGCAUGCGGAUAGGUUGCGAUCAUUAUAUGCAAGCAAAGAAGUUUCAGAGUGUGGUUAUAUGGAAGUCAAGAGAGUCGAGUUUUUAGGGAGUCGAAAAAGCUUAGAAAUGCUCAAACGGGUCCCGGGGGAGAACAAUAGUAAUGUCUAUGAACUUUUAACCCGAGCUUAAUGCCACCAAUGUGGGCCCCCCGCCCAUGAUAAGUGGGUCCGAGAACCUCUUGUUUUUGGAUUUUAGAAUUUCAAUAUUGAGGGCUAGUGGGACCCGUUUGACAACCCUUCUACAAUAACCCUUGUAGUAAGUAAAAAAAUUAUCUUUAUAGUUGUGUAUAUGAGAAUUAUGGAUUUAAGGUAAUUUGUUGGGGUGUCUAAAGAGGAUAAUGUUGUUAUGUAUCUUUGUAGAACCGGCUAUGAGAGGUGUUUGAUAUGGGUGUGUUUCAUCGUUAUGAAAAAUAAGUAUUUAGGAUAUGUUUAGAUUUUGGACAUGUUUUGGAUUCCGAAAUUUUAUUUAUUUUUAUUAUUUUUUACUUUGUCUGUAAUGUUUAGUUGGUAAACCUAAAUCUCAUCCCAAUCUGAAAUAUUG